AUGGUAACAGCCUCUCCUGACGAGAUGGUCAAAACCUGGGACUACAAAACAGGCGCAGAACCCAGAUUGGUCCAAGAGAAAGAGUACAAAAUGGGGAACAUUCACUGCUUAGAACUCUGUCCUGAUACGCCAUUUGUGGUUGCGUUAGGUGGUGAUAACAAGUCACACAAUUUUACUGUUUUUGAUUUGAGAAACGAGGAUGUGAUCAAACAUACUUUUGCAGAAAGGAGUUUGGUGCAGUUAGUUGCUGAAGAGGGGGGAGGUGAAGGCAGUAGUGACAGUUAAUAAAAGAUAAGGAUAUUCUUGAAUUUUAUUGUCUAUAAUUUAAGUCGCGGGUAACAGCUAGUUUUACAUAAAACAGGUGCUGGAGUAGUAGAUAACGAAAAAAUUAACGAAUAUAGUCUGAUGAAAUCAACUUCGCAAGAUUAUUAGUCGAACACAAUAUCCAACUUUCAUUUUGCUAAAAUGACUACUACCGAAGAAAAGGUUACCUAUGUUUGUCAACUUUAAGUAACUAUAUCCUUGAAUGACAUCCCCAAAAGUUGAAUUAUCUUAAGAGUUGAACCCUCUAUCAUAAAUUGGUAACCACGUACCAAAUUAAGGCCCUAAUAGACCUUUGACCAACAGGUUGGCUCAAAACUACAAAAAAACACAGCUCUAAAAAGUACUUGAAAAAUUCUUGACCUUGAAGACAUAUCCUUUUUAUUAUAUUAGCUAAUAUUAACCUAAAAUACGUCUUCAAUGUCAGGUUCUUUUUUGGGGCAUAUUUUGGUAAGUAAAAAUUAUCUUAUUAAUGACCAAUAAAAAAUUCUUGUAAGCUUACAACAAAGAUUCUUUCAGUAAAUGUUCGUCUAGAUUUCGACAUUGACACUUUACGAACUUUUAAGUAGAAGUGUCUUAACUGAAGUUAAAAUUACUUGCAAAUAUUUCUUCAUAGCUAUAGGCCAACAAAUAGUCUUUCAAGGCAAUUUGGUUGCCACCUCCCCAUUAUUGAUCUUUGAUGACUAUUUGGUUCUUAGUUCUUUUAAUUUGCAGUGUGAUUGCCUGGGAGUGCCAAUUUCUUCAGUCAUAUUCAAAUCUAGAAGAUGUCUAUAAAUUUAAACUCGAAGAGGCCUAAGAUUUAUAUUCAUACCAAUCUCAUAUACUACCGAGAGACUCCGCUAUCAAGAUUUUGUUUUAAAUGCACAUGCGCGUUCAGGUCGGAAGUAUCGUAGUGGUAUUUGGACUGUGUAAUAGAGAACGUAUGACACGUGUCAGAAUAUCAAAUCCACCUUUUUUUUCUUUGGAGCAAGCUCAAUACACUUAGUAUAAUAAGUAGUUUAUAAAGAUCAGAAUUAUCAAAAUCAAACAUCAUACUCUACUAAUGAAUGCAUCCCGAUACGUUCAUCUCUGUCUCCCUCCAUGUCUCUCUGGAUUAGGCAACGACUGUAAUUUAAAAAAAAAUCCUAGCGCAUACCCGCAAUACGCAUGUAGUAUAAUUCAUACACAUAUCGCCAGCUACGGGAAACUAAUAAAUACAGCAUACAUACCUACAUCA